AUGUCUUCAAACACGAAGCAGCAGGACGCAAAGUUCGCGCAUCUGCCUCUAUCGACUUCAGGACCUCAAUCGACAACAUUGACUGGCAAUGCGCUCCUUCGAACCCCGUACUUCAAUAAGGGCUCUGCUCAUACCAAGGAAGAGCGCGAUACCUUCAAGUUACAUGGCCUCCUACCUACGUAUAUCCAAACACUGCAAGAGCAAGUCCACCGUGCAUAUGCUCAGUACAGCUCCCGUCAUGACGACUUGGCGAAAAACACUUUCAUGGCAAGCUUGAAGGAACAAAAUGAGAUACUCUACUACAGGCUCAUUCUCGACCACCUGAAGGAGAUGUUCCCUAUCAUCUAUACGCCUACAGAAGGCGAAGCUAUCGCUAAUUACUCGAGGUUGUUUCGAAAACCAGAAGGCUGCUUUCUCAAUAUUGACGACGCGGAUCGGCUAGAAGACGACAUCAAACAGUGGGGCCACCCCGACGAUAUUGACCUUAUCGUCGCGAGCGACGGUGAGCAGAUACUAGGUAUCGGCGAUCAAGGAGUCGGAGCUAUUCUGAUUAGUGUGGCAAAGCUGGUUAUAUAUACGCUAUGUGCCGGGAUACAUCCUUCACGCACGCUGCCGGUAGUACUCGACUGUGGCACAAAUAACAAGGAGCUUCUUGAUGAUGAACUAUAUCUCGGCUUGAGAAAGAAUCGAGUGCGCGGUGAACAGUACGACCAAUUCAUCGACAAAUUUGUCAGUGCCUGUAGGAGUACAUACCCGAAAGCCUACAUCCACUUCGAAGAUUUUGGCGUGGACAACGCGCGUAGGAUCCUCGACAAAUACACACCUCAGAUUGCUUGUUUCAACGACGAUGUUCAGGGGACGGGUUGUGUCACCCUCGCGGCAAUUAUGACCGCAUUCAAGGUCAACGGUGUCAAAUGGGAUGAGGCACGUUUCGUCAUGUUUGGUUCUGGAACAGCAGGCACUGGUAUUGCCGACCAGAUCAAGGACGCCAUUGCACAGCAUACCGAUAAGUCAGCUGAGGAUGCGGGCACCCAGAUCUGGUGUGUCGACAAGCCGGGACUUUUGCUAAAGUCGAAGAAAGACCAACUUACUCCGGCACAAGUUUCGUAUGCUCGCGAUGACCACGAGUGGGAAAAUAAAGACCAUGGCGACUUACUAUCAGUGAUCAAGGAAGUCAAACCACACGUGCUAAUCGGUACAUCAACAAAACCCGGAGCGUUCACAGAAGACGUUGUUCGGGAGAUGGCAAAGCAUGUAGACCGACCCGUGAUCUUUCCUCUUUCAAAUCCGACAAGACUCCACGAGGCGAAGCCCCAGGAUUUGUACGAUUGGACUGAUGGCAAAGUCUUAGUAGCUACUGGCUCGCCAUUCGAACCCGUGAAGCACAACGGCAAGGAGUACGACAUAUCUGAGUGCAACAACUCUGUCACUUUUCCUGGGAUCGGUCUCGGCGCUGUCUUGAGUCGCACGCGUCUUAUGACGCCGGCACUCCUCGUAGCCGCAGUCCAAGCACUCGCAUCUGCCGCACCAGUACUCAAUGAUACCGGAGCUGGCCUGCUGCCUGACGUGGAAGACGUUCGAGACAUCAGCGUCCAGAUAGCGAAGAACGUGAUUAAGAAAGCUGUCGAGGAUGGACUCGCGCAAGAGAAAAACAUUCCUAGUGAUGAUGCUGAUCUCGAAGAGUGGAUCCGCGAGCAGAUGUGGAACGCUGAGUACAGGCCUUUGCAGCUGGUUGAAGAGGAUGAAGCAGACGCACAUGCGAAGGGUGAGGCUGGGACUGCGUCGCACCAGAGAGAGGCAAGGUUCGAUAAUUGA